AUGUGCCAGUCUUCUCGCGGUUCCCCAAAGCGAGGUAGACACGAGGCGAUGUGCGACCGUUCGUAUCGGCGUCGGUCUUUCCACGGUCAAAGUCAAAACGGUCAUCAGAGCCGUUACCACUCGGACGCCCGCGGCUUGCAUAUAUAUAUAUUUCUCCCCCGCUGUCACUCUCUUCUUCAGCACAUUCUCACAGAGUUCUCCAUCAACGGGCUCUUACCUCUUGAGUGUUCGUUUGAUCAUUACCAGGCAAUCGGAGGAAGAGAGAGCAGAAUAAUUGAAAGAAGUUUCUGGCCGCGUCUCGGUGAUGAAAAACAGAGAAGCAGAGGAGGACGGAGAACUCUGUACGUCAUUGAGAUUGGUUAUAUGAUAACAGAGAGGGGAAGAACGCUUGCUCUUGAUGAAGUGAUUGUUGGGGCAAAAUUAAAGCAAUUGGUCCUGUCAUUGUGGCCGGUGGGAUUUUGGCAUCUGCUAGGAAGACUGGACGGUCUGGUUCAUGUAAAGUUUGUAGCAAACAGUUAUAGGUGCAUAAAAUAUAGCCACUCGAUCCACAGAGAUGGAAAUGGAGGAUGUAGAUGAAGACAAUAAAGUUGAGGUCAUUCUACAAGGAAUCCAACUCCGUUUGCUACUUUCAACGCUCCAUCAUGUAAGUAAUUUUCUACUUGACAUCAUGAACUACCAUAUAUGUGACUGCAAUGAUAUGGUCCUAAUAAGGUUAGGUUACUAUGUUUAAUCUU